AACUCACAUCACACUCAUCUUGCUAGCUAGCCCAACCCGCUCAACUCGCUCACACUCGUUCACAAUGUCCACCUUUGUCGUUCCGCAAUGGAUCAGGCUCUGGCUCGGCCUCAGCACCAUCAUCGUCAUCUGGGACAUCGGAUACUGCUUCAUGCGCCCCCGGAGUAUGCCCGGCGGCGACCUGUCGUGGAUCUGGGGCCCAUACAACCUCUUCCCCUACGCCGACGUCGACUGGGUGUACGGUUUCGACGCGUACAACUCUGGUGACGGCUUCACCAACGCACAGGCGUUCAUGAACGUCAUCGAGGUCAUCCUCAACCUCACCACCUACUUCCUCGGCGACUCGCCCGCCGCCCCCGUCACUGGCCUCAUCGCGCUCGUCAUGACUGCGUCCAAGACGGACCUGUACUUUCUCCAGGACUACUUCUGCGGCUGGUGCAAGACGGGCCACAACUCGCCCGCCGUCUGGUGGGGCGUCUUCUUCGCCACCAACGGCAUGUGGAUCAUCGUCCCUACCAUUGCGUCGUUUGUGCUCGCGUCGGGCCUCAUCAAGUCGGUCGUCUCCAACGCCGCCAAGCCGCGCGCCAACGGCUACUCGAACGGCAACGCCAAGGUCAAGGCGCUCUAAGGGCGCCUGCCGGGGCGCUCGAUGGCGCGGGAGGCACACACGGAAAAGAAGUAGAACAGUGGUAGAGAAUGUAUGUGGUCGCGGAUG